GCCCCGAGUUUCCAUCUUCCCCUGCAGCAGGACCUUCAUCUGACUGCUUCAAUCAGCGACCACAGUACACAUCGAUGUACUCUAAUGCGACAUCGAUUACACAGGUUAUGGAACAGGCGAGAUUUGCUGAUCCAAAUGCGCUUCAGCCAACGAGCAGUAUCAACAUGCCAUCACCUCAUGGACAAUGGGUUUCGUCGCCUGAUCCGUACACUUCGAUUGACCAGCAAGUGUCGCCUUCCCAUUCCCAGGCGGCUUUUGAUCCUUACAGUCUCCGAUCUCAACGGUAAUAACAUUCUACGAUACAUGUAUCAGUAAAUUUUCUCUGUCUUUCGGGCAUCCGGGGUCUUUAGUGUGACUGUAAUAUUUUAGUAGACAAUGUGUAUGGAAAAAUGACGUCAAACAGAACUUGUCCGCAACGAUGAGCCUUGAUGCCUUCGUGAAACAUUCCAAGCCUCAGCCUGAGCCAGUCGCAACCUCGCAGGAGAUUCGAGACCGGGGUUCCACUUUCGUAGCCAAUAUAUUCAAGUGCACUACUGAAGAAGAAGUACGCUCGUGCAUCAAGCACCUCCGGCGCGUCACUCACGGCGCAAAGCCUGCCUCUCAUGAGAUUUCUGCAUGGCGAUGCAUGGUACUCAAGAAGGAGCAUACUGGGCUCAUGGGGCCUGACGACUUUGAAGUGAAGAGCGGUAGCGAGGAUGAUGGGGAAAAGUGGGCCGGAGAGAAGGUCCUGAAAGCUAUGGUCAGCGAGGCUGUCAUGGACGCUGUCGUCGUUGUCAGCCGCUGGUAUGGCGGCACAUUGCUAGGACCUGCGCGAUUUGCUCAUAUCGAGACUUGUGCUCUCGAAGUCUGUCGAACCUUUCAACAAAAGGAAGAACUUGACGAAUGCAUAUCUACGCUGUCCAGUCUGGAUGACACUCUAGCACAGCUCCGUGCAGAACUCGAUUCGUUAUCGCCAGACUCAGAUGCCAGCAAAGUAAAAGCGCCUGUAUAUCCUGUCUGGACGGUAUCCGAUUUGGCAAAGGCUAAAAGACUAGUGAAGGCGCGAGAAAAUGCUAUUAAAUCCGUGACUACCUUUAUUGAACAACGACGGCGAAAUACUGCCUGAAACUGGUACUGUCUGUAUAUGGAUUCAUCCAACAUAGAAGCAACGCUAGCACGAGGGGUGACUCGGGAACCAUGAGAAGCGUGAAUCUCUUGGAGUGUAAACUCGGAGCAAGCAGUGCCCUCGGAGCUUGCGUUAAAGAAUGCGCCAUUCUGAUGGUAAGAGGC